AUGGGUGGGGGUGCGUUUGACGGCAGCCAGUCGCAGCAGGGCAGCCAGCCCGGGGGAACGGCACACGUUCACGCCCCUGCUUCCAGGAGGCAGCAGUCUGCGCUGCGAGCGAAGGCUCUCGAGGGAGAGGGCCCUUUCUCCAACCACUGCCGUAGCUUCGACUCCCAGUUGAAAGAACUCACUCAACAACUGAGCGGUGUGAAGGAACGCUUAGGAGAACUCCAUCGUGACGUCACACUUCUACGGCGAGCACACACGCCUCCGCUUUUUGCUCGUUUCGAUCAAGUCACGAGGGAAUGUGCCGUUCUGGAAGAGCAGCUGGAGAGGCAUCAAGUGGAACUGGAACGACUGAAGAAUGUGUUUGACACACUGUGGGAAGAACAGCUGUGUAGAAUUCAUGUGGAGCAGGAUAUUUUUCAGUCUCAGAUGACUAACAUUUUGACUCUGCGGUCGGAAGUGAAGCAUCUGAGCGCGAUAGCGCACCAGUUGGAGCCGUACGUGAAGUCUCUGUCUUCUUCCGACCGCGUGAUGACUCAGCUGUCCGGAGAGCGGGCUGCCCAAGUAAGCGAGCCAGGCACUCAGGAAACCUCUCACCAACAACUGCAGUCGCUUCUCGAACAUAUCAGUUUGCUGCAAAUGGACGCCGCAGCCUCUUACAGGAUGGAUGGCUCGCAGAAAGGAGAGUGCCGAAUGCAUCCCGGCCAAGCGGUCACUUCGCCUAUAGAGAGCAUGCUGUAUGUGAAAGACGCGAAGGAGCCUCCGGUUCGAGAAGGCCCGCGGUCUCGUGUGAGUCGUGACCAGGUGUCGGCGUUGCUGGACGCCAGUGGCAACAUUGUCUACACGUCGCGCCAGCAACAAACGCAACAGCAGCACUCCCACCAACAGCAGCAACAGACCAUCGUUACUCAAAGUUUGCAACAUGUGGAAUCUGGUCGUGAUGGAAAAAGAGGUGUCCUCAGUCAACUGAUUGAGAAGGUACGAACGAAAGAAGAUCGGAAGAAAUCUCCAGUUCAGGAAGAAGCUAGACUUAUAAUAGGUCGAGAGAGAAGUAAGUCAGAUGGUCGCCCUUCAACCAGUGGAUCAGAUGUUACCCGAGUCAAAAUUUCGAGUUCUCAGCAGUCAGAUGACGGUAAACAAGCAACAGCUGUAACAGGAAGUAAAUCUAGUGUAUUUAGAUCAGGUAAAAUUGAUUCAUCAGGUUCUCGAUACACUUCGACUCGAGAGACCUCUUCGAAAGUUGCUUCACUGUAUCACACGAUCAGUGGCAAAGUGCUUGGUUCAAGAGAUGUAGACCGAUCUGAAACUUCGAGUUCUGGCAUCGAUGUAACCACUCAGGUUUCUGCUUCGAGUCACAGCCAUCAUCACAUCCCCCCACCCCCUCCUCCCUCGAUCAUCCGUCGUCCCCAGUCGCACCACGAGAACUUGGCGUCCACAGCGGAACUCAUCAGCUCUGCUGGCUGCAUGGAUGUUCGGGAGAGACUGGAGAACCACCUUAAAGAGAAGCUCCAUGACAUGAUGGCUAGAUCAGCGCUCGCUGGAAGAGUGAUCAGGCCAACACCUGCCGCUGAGAAGGGAGAUGAAAGCGGGAUGGAUGAAAGCGAAUACCAGAGAAUUUCGGAAGCGACUACGUCGCCAGUCGGCGAUGGGUCGGCAGGUGCCCCCACCAAACAAGCAGUACGGGCUAUGGUGCAUCACGAUCCGAACACUGUAGCAAGCACUCCAACGUCACCACAUCGGCACAGAGACCAGUCUGGCAAAGUUGUCCGAUUGUAUCCUGCUUCAGAUACAGAAGACAGUGUGUUUUAUGCAAACAAUGAGAGACCAACUGAGUCAGAAAAAACUAGGAAACAAAAUAAUUCAUGUGAGAGUUUGACACUUAGUUCUGUUUCUGUUAAUAGUAGAAGAUCCUCGGUGGAUUUAGGGGACAGAAAAACACUUGUGUUUGUAAUUGGUUCUGGCAGUAAAGGAGCAAAAUCUAAGUUAAUGCAAAAACAAAGGUCGUGGGAAACUUUUCCUCCAAAAAAACGUGGUACUACUGAGGAUCACAGAGACACCUAUGGAAAAUUUUGUCGCGACCCUGAAUCAUUUAGAGGGGGUUUCGAUGUUCACACCAAAUCUGAUGGCGAAGGAGCCGAGGAAACGGCAGGGAUAUGCUCGGAAACAGGAACUCUGAAGAAAGCCGACAGCUUUGAGGGCCAUGAGGAGGCAGUUCGGACUUUGGUAGCAGCGGUACAAGAAACCAGGUCGCAGCAUUUACAGCAACAAAGAAAGCAGUCCCAUUCUAAAGCAGGGCCAAGCUAAAGGCAUAAAUUAAUAAUAGGAUGAUAUAGAUUUUUCAUCUAUGAUAAAAUUAUUAGAUAGGCAUUUUGACCGCAAAUUAAAAUUGUAUGCAACAGAAUAACUGCUUAACAGGUAUGAUUUUAUUUAUUUUAUUCUUAGUGUUAAUUAUAAUUUUUCUGGGGGAAAAUCAUUUAAAUAGUACUUGUGGUACUAUUCUGAGAUAAAUAACCAUAGAUGGUAUUGAAAUGGUUUGAAUAUUGCAAAAUAGCUAAGUAACCUUUUGAUGCAAAAGGAAUUAGUUGGUUUUGCAUGCUUGCCUCUAACUGCUGUGGCUCAAGUGAAGUUUUAACCAGAUCCAACAUGACGAAUGUGGAAAUGUUCUGAUCAGUUUCCUCGAAUAAACUCACAACUGACAAAACAGUUGUUUUCUUGAUAGUUAAUAAGCAGGCUAACACAGAUGCACCUGUAGAGCUUUGACCGAUAGAUUGUUCUUAAGAACAUCUCUUUUUUGUCCAAGGACUUCAUAUUAAAAUGGUUUUUGAGCACCAUUUUAUAUUUACUCUGGCAAACCACAUCCAAAACAUAUGUUUUGAAUGUGUUUAUUUAUUUGAGAAAAUGUCAAAAAUUUGUAUUUAAGACUGGUUUUUUUUUACGCAUAUUCAGUUUGAGAGACGAAAUAUUCUAAGUAAAUCUAGAUUAACAAUGAUAAUUUUUUUUAAUAAUAAAACUUUAUUUUCACCACUCUUAGUUUCAAAGGAAAAAUAUUCCCUGGACUUCUGUGUUGUCCUGUUAUAAAGCCUAGUGAGCAAUACGCACGAGAAAAUGUCGACCUCACCAUUUUUCUUCACUCACACAAAAAUACCUUUGACUAGGCAGGCUCCUUAAAGGUCCUUCUUUUGAAUGCGAUCGCAUCCAUGCAAGGCUGCAGUUUAAGAAAGAAAAUUUUAGUUGUUUUUGUUUUCUUAAUAUUUUCUUUGGACUCUUGAUUUUUUUCCCUACGUUUAAAUGAACACUUUUGAAUGGCCUGCUUCAAAAUCAUUGUGCAACCAUCCACUUCAAGUAAAAUUUAAUUAUGUUUUCAUAAUUUUGAUAACUGAAAUUUGUGUAUCCAUUCCAUGAAACUGGUAAAAUCUUAAGCAUGGUAUCAUUACCGGAGUUAUUUCUGAAAUUAAUGUGAAACAAAAUAAACUGUUGUCCCACUGAUCACCAAUGUAAGCUUUGCAUUGCGUUAAGACUUGAAAAUAAUUAUUUCUUCUCGUUGCCAACCUCAGUGAAUGUUUUAGUUGAAUUAAAUCAUCUUAUGGGAAGUAUUUUAUCUUAGGAGGGUUGCAAAAGUAUUUUCAGUAUUGCAAAUCCACAAUGAGAGAUAUUAUUAUUAUUAUGUAAGUUUCAGUAAAUAAAAAUCUUCCUGUGCAUAUUUAUCAAUCAAA